GCAGCAUUCGCUUUUCAUGAUUUCGCCAAUUUCGUUGCUCCAAUGUUUUCUUGAAGCGACAAGUUGGACAAUUCUUGUAUUAUUACUGAAAAAUAACAACGGAAAAAGUGUUAUGGACAAUUUGAAUUAAAAUAGUCGAGAAUAAACUUAUAUCUGCACAACUUGAUAACGUCUUAAGAUUGGGAUUGACUGCCACUGCGACAUACCAGAAAAUGUCUUCCUCGUUGUCUGUGGUAGAGGCGCUACUUCAAGAAUUCCACGAACCCGCCACGCCUAAUAUACGCAAACGUGAAAUUGAAACCGAACUAAUUGUGUUUAGAGGACAACCAAGCUCUUGGCAAAUAAGUCUGCAGGUGGCUGCUUCGAUUGAAACAAAUCAAUACCUCUGGUUCUUCGGUACCUCAACUUUGGAACAUUGGAUUUCACGUCGCUGGUCUCACUUGACUAGCAGCGACAGAACUCUACUGCGUGAAACAUUAUGGAAUACCUACGCAAAUUUAUCUGUAACAAAUGUGCCGCGACGACAACGUGAUACAUUCGCACAAUUAAUUGCACUUAUAGGAAAACGUGAGUUUCCUGACGAUCAUCCCAGCUACAUAGGCCACUGUUUAGAAUUAAUUCGCUCGGAAAAAUUUGUUUUGGGCAUUACACUGCUACGCAUCACAUCAGAAGAGGUAAUCAACAAUCGUGACUGCGUAACAACGGAGCGUCAGAAUUAUUUUCAUUCUUGCAUAUCCAUGUGUAUACCCGAAAUUCUGGAUUUACUCACUAAGUAUUUACUAAUCACGGUUUGCCAUAUCAACGAUAAAGACAUCCAUUCCCUACCCAACACUCUAGUGGAUUAUGCCCUAUCUACGUCGCUGCCAAAUGACAAUCAAUUUAGUUCCGCAGUAUUGGAGCUACUUACAUGUGUGCAACACCUCGUCUCAUGGACUCGCACUGAAUUGAUCUCAGAAUAUUUUCUUAUGAGCAUUUUAGACUUAGCGCAAUGGCGUGCCUCACAACCUCACAUCUCCUUGGCUGCACUAUCUGUGCUAAACGAGCUGAUGUAUCUCCAGAAGCCACUGCCCCACACAUUAACUAUGAUGACGGGUGUAAAUGGCCUUUUGGAACAACAUAAUACGACUAAGCAACAAAGCGAGAUGUAUGCAGAUAAAUUUAGGGAACUACUGCGCCUCUAUGCAGACCGAUAUUGGUCGAAGAUGGUGCAGCAUAAUGAUUUAUUAGAAUCAUUUCUUAAAUCGCUUUAUUGUUGCACAAUAUCAAAGAAUGGUGCCCUAGAUUUUACGGAAAAACUUGAAAUAUGGACUCCAAUUAUGAAAGGUCUUGUGAUGAGCUCAAAACAAAAUCGCUACAAUGAUGUACUGUAUCAACUAGUCGUGGAGAUAAUGCGCCGCAUAUUGUUUGAGUUCAAUAAAUCUGAGUUGGAGCUACUAGACAAUGAGUUAAUGGAAGAAAACACACAAACUGAGUGGCAACAAUUUUUGUCGCAGUGUAUUGAAUGCGUAGCUCUUGUAGCGGAAACUCGGCCCAAUGCUGUUUUCGCACAAGUUUCCGCACAUUGGACGCGCCCUCACGUUUAUCUCCUGUCUUUGGAAAAUGAUCUCGAUAACGGAAAACUAUAUGAGUUAGGUAGAAAAUUGAAAAGUCAAAGCUUUAACGAGCAUCUGCGUGAUUUGUCAACGGUCUGUCAGGCUGUGGUACGUUUAUCACCACUAUUGGAUGCCAAUUCACCGGAAGUGGGUGCACAAGUAACCAGUCAGUUGAAGCUGCUUACGGAAAACCUCUUGACAUUGCUCAAAUUCUUUACUAGUAACAAAAUAUCAACUUUGAAUCUAGAUAAAUCAACGUUCCAGACUGAUUUUGAUUACUUAUAUGCUCAAAUACUGAUGGCGAUGCGUAGUAUUUUACCAAUAUCGAUCAACCUGAAGCAUGAUGGAGUCAUUCAAUGCCUCUUUGACGCGCUCGGUGUUAUUUUAUUGCCGGACCAUGUUGCGGUGGCACCGGUGGUUGCAAUAUCAGGAAGUCAAUUGCUGCUUUGUAUUUCGACUGUGAUAAGACCAAAACGUUUAUUGGAGACACUAUGCGUUAUCCGAUUGAUGCAGGCUGGUCCCAAAUUGACACAUCUACCGCGUCAGGCUAUCGCCAAUAUCUAUAUUAGCCUUAUUGGCUACUUAGCUCUACCGAAAACUGUAGAAGAGCAGCAACAGGAUUACACAUGGCGUUGUAAUCAUCUCUAUGAAUACGUGAAAUGUCUAGCACAAAAUUUCCUUGAACUUGACUCGCAAACAACCGUAUCGAAAAUUUCAUCAAUCAUGCCCAAUAUUUUGAGUAUAUUCAGUGAGGUCAUAGAAUACUUUAAGGACUCUUGCAACACCACAAAAGACAUAUUAGCAAAUGCAUUUAAGCCCAUCAUCACGAAAGCAUUAAUGCUUUUCAACAGUUUCGGCAUAAGCAAUAACUCUAUUCCCAUUUCCGCAGCCGAGUUUAGUUUAAGUAUAUUACGUAGCCUGUUAAACCAAUUUGGUGCGCCAUUCAUCAAAGACAUGAUCACGCUCUACAUAACUGUCAGCAGCAGAGAACAAUUGAGUCUUAAUCAGUUGGCGGUAUUGGAGAAAAUAUUGCAGAUGUUCCAGAUAAUCGUACAACAGCCGGGCAAUACUUGGACCACUAUGCUGCCUUCCAUAUUGAGUUUCACCAUUGAGCACGUGCUGCCAUUGAUACAGCAACAUGACUCUAGCUUGGUUGACGGCACUGAUUUGAGCGGCAUGGUUUAUGCGCUUUUUGAUAAUGUUUUGCUACACAAAUGGCAGUAUUUCUACAAACCCCAUGUACAGUAUAAUGGUUCGCUAUUGCAUAGCAGUAGUGAUAAUCUACAUCCAGAACAUUUUAUGGCUAUUUUAAAUGCUUACGGACAAGUGCUGGUAUCCGGCAAUGAUCCAAAUCUGGUGCGAAAGGUCUUGCUAUCGAUGCAGGCCGUAAACGAGCGGUGGCGUUUGUUUCAGCGUGCCCUCUUCCAAGACAGUCUACUUGCUUCGUUUCAGCGCGCGCUUAUCAGUAUACUACUGUCCGGUGAGGGUUCGCUGCAUUUUGAUCUAUUGGCGAACGUACUUUACGCCAUGGGUCAAGUAGAUAAUCUAAAGUUGCGUGAAAGCUUUGUGACGGCUGGAUUUCCAGUUAAUCCGAAAUAUUUGGAUGUGAUCUGCUUAUCAACUGACAUUCCAACAUUUUCACAAAAGUUAUCCCAACUGAUACAGGAUGCGCAUAGUGUACAUCUAACGCAAACGUAAAAAAUGAAAAAGUAAAACAAAAAAAAAACAAAUUUCGCGAGACAUUUUGAAACGCCACUCAACAGCAUGUGUAGAAUUAAGUAUAUAAGUAUAUGUAAUAAAUUUAUAUGUACGCAUUUUAUGUAAGACAAGAAAUUCACAGUUUAUAAAUGACUGCUUUAUAAUUAUUUGUAUGUAACGAAUAUAUGUAUAGAAACAAAAUCAACUACAUGCGUUAGUGUAGAUUGUUACGACUACAAUUAACUAUUUUCAUCUAUCAUAAUUUGCACAGCUGACAUUAAGGUACAUCGUACGUUGAUUAUUUUAUUUUGUUGUCUUCACAUAUAAGUAUAUUAAUUAAAUAUUUUAUAUUUAUCAAUUAUUAAAAUUUUUGUUUACACUUUUUAUCCAUUACACUUUAUUACAGUUUACAACAACUUAUCAUGUCAUAUAUAUAUAAUUAUAUUAAAUUUUUAUGCUUUUAAAUUUUGUUCGAUUUAAUAAUUUUUCCUUCCUUACAUAUGCUAAUUUCUCCACGCAGUUAAUUUCAUUAUGUAUUUUAGUAUUUUACUAAGUU